AUGAUGGAUGAUGAAUCUGAGGAGCUGUCAGUGAAGAGGGAGAGAGGUGAGGAAGAUGACUGGGCCCCGGAACAUAAACAACUUUUUUACUAACAUCACUCCGGUGUUUGUGUGUGUGUGUGUGUGUGUGUGUCAUCGCACCCAAGUGAAGGACCAGUCAUGAUGUUAUGUUUCAGCAGGGCUAUCAGAUGUGCCUCACCACCAUUGGUUGUGUCUGAGUGUUACACAUUGCUAUGUUUGUAAUGAGGGUAUGCUAACAGGCCUACUAUCUAAAGCCAUACUACCCUCAUUCAGCUGCGGAGCAAAGAGCAUCAACACAUACUAAUGACAGCUCUUUAUAGAAACCUGCUGUGCAUGCACCAUCUAUAAAGCAGUAUCUGUGUGUCAUAUCUUAUGUUGAGGUCUCUAUGUUUAGGUAAAGUUCUGUGGUGUCCUGGUAACUGUUGAGGAGAUUGACGUAGUCACCCAUAGAGAAGCAGCCGUGUGUUUGGGGUGUGUACACACUGCCCAGUCAGGUGACCAGUGAGAUAAUAUUGAUUCUGUGUUUUUUUCCCCCCCACACUCACUCACUCUCCGCUGUUAUCUGACACACCAAUAUGACAGCACAGACGAAAUCAGGGCGUGUUGUAGUCUAGAGCCAAGAGGCUUCUAAGAGUGUACCAUGAUGACCUAAAAACUGCAGAAGCUGACAGCAUAGGGAGUGUGUAUUCUGUUAUGCUUCAUGGUAGAUAUUUGACGAGGUGAAGGGAAACAAACUGAGAUUCCCUUGCAUGUUCUGCACCUAAAGAUUCCACAGAUGGACAUGAAUUGGUCAACAAAAUCCCCAAAUCCCUUUAAAACCUUUACUCUAAUCUCUCAUUACAUGUCUGUUGUAUAGCCUUUAACCUCACCUUACAUGGUUACACCACCUUAUAACAACACUCUUCCUUUAAGCUCAUAGGUCCCAGGGAUUCUCACAGUGAAAAAGCUGAAAUUCACCACUUUCGUUAAUCUGCUUGCUCUGCCCUUAUAUUUAGCCUCACAUUUAAGUGUUUUACCAUUUUCUUUUCAGGACAACCAGGGCUACAAGUAGAACACAAAACAAUUUGACAUGAACAGAUGGAUUCAUAACUUUUAUUGACACAUUUCAAUAAAAAAAGGUCCACCAAGCAAAAACCUGAUAAAAAAAAAAUAAUAAUAAUAAUAAUAAUAUCCAACUAGUCAGUGACAACUGUGUGAAGUUUGGAGAUUGUGACAGCAGCUAUGUGAGCUUAUUACAGUAUUAUACAUACUAUGUCCUGGGAUUUCCUAUAAUCUUCGAAUGACUCUUGUGUGGAUUGUGAUCGCCAUGUGCAUGUUUGUGAGAGUCUCAGCUUUUCAUAGUGGGGUCAUAACAGUUUGUAGCUCAAACCGUUCGGACUUAACAUACGUUUUUGUGAGAAGAUCUCAUUUCGGGAUCCGCCCUUUCACAAACACCGCUCUAGUUCAGCCCCUGUAAAUCGCACAAGCUAAUUGUUGGUAUUCGUGUAUGCAGAAAAAAUAGACAAAUCCAAUAACCCAGAAGUCUGUAGCUCAAACACACAAUGUUUACGAGGGGUUGGAAGCAGUAAAUCAUGCCGGGGUGACCCCCUCUUCUUCCCUAAUUGUGAUUACCUUGUCAUCCCCUCUCUCUUUUUCUGCACAAAUUACCCCCAUAAAAGGACAAGAGGUUAGCCAUAUUAAGUCAGAUUUUGGGAAACUGCAUGGUUUUUCUAUUGGUCUUGAGCUGUGAGAGGAGGUCUGCCAAUGGGCUUUAAAUGGGCAGGAAGUGUAUUAUCCUUUCAAGGACUUCCUCCUGGCCUGGGUCUGCUGGAGAGGGUGAGGAGCAGCUGGGUGAACCCCUAACAGGGAGCCUGUGUGUGUGUGUGUGUGUGUGUUUAGGGGUCCAGCAUGCUCUCCUCAUGGCCACAGACAUCUGGAUGAGCCCUUCCACUCUCCCCGGGGAUACUGUGAGAACAUUCUUACAGUUAAAGCACCUCUGCGAGGCGCAAAAUGGUUCCCAGUGAGUAACUCACUCCUAUCAGUUACACAGGGUUUAAACAGGAACACUAACAUGCUGGGUUGCAAAAUAAAUGUACACGUUAUUCAAUCAUUUUAUCCAAACUGCUUGCGUGUAUCAAUGGCCAUCUGCGUAGCCAGGCGCUAAAAUAGAACUUGGUUCAAUUUUAGACACUUGACGCGCUGCAUGUCCUGCCUCUCCCAUCUACUCAUCUACAAAGAUCCAGUAAAAAAAAUACCAUAUGCAUUUCCGGUAAAAUAAAAACACAAUGUUUAUCUCCCAGGACAAAUUAGCUAGCAACAGCAAGCUAGCUAAAUGUCCAAGAAUGUUUCAUGUGUGUUUUGACCUGUCCCCAAAUUAAUAUACAGUAGUUGGUUUUGGUAUUUUAGCCUGCGUGUCAUGAACGCGGCUGGUUGAGAUGGUCAAAAUCAACAUGCGAACGCACGAGCGGAGCCGGUUUGGUCAGCAUGUAACUCAUUUACUCUGUGUGUACAUUUGUGUGUAUGUGUAUUUGGGUGAGUGUUUGUUUGUCUGGUUGAGUGUUCCCAAUGACCAAAUGAUGCAUUCAAAGACAAGAACAGCAUCAAUACAAUCAAACAUGGGGGAGGUUAGAUAAUGCUGUUGGGUUGCUAUUCUGCCCCUGGUACUGGGAGCCUUGAACGUGGAAGACAUCAUGAAAUCAGCAGAUUAUCAAGGUGUUUUUGAGUGCAAUGUUCAACAGGGUCCAAAAACUGGGUCUUUGUUGAAGGUUGUUGGUCUUCCAGCAGGACAAUGACCCCAAACACACAUAAAAAAAACUGGAAUGGUUCAAGAAGACGCGCUGGACUGUUCUGGAGUGGCCAGUGAAGAUUUCAGAUCUGAAUCACAUAACCUAUGGCGAGAUCUGAAAACAGCAGUUGGUGGAGGGCACCCCUAAAACAUUGAAUAAUUAGAGCAGUUUGCUACUGAAAAGUCAGCCAAAUUGUCAGUAGAAAGUUGCAGCAAGUAAAUUGAUGGCUACAAGAAGCAUUUGUCUUGGCCAAAGGCUGUGCAACCAAGUACUAGCUCCCAGGUGCCAAUCAUUUUUUCCAUGCCAUUUGUCUUUAUUUUCAAAAUAAUUCUAGCUGAGCACUUAAAACUGGGUUGUUUUUAUUGGUUUGUUGGUGUGUGUUUGGGCAUCUGCUGAGCCUCGGGGUGAAUCCAUCCACUUCUGUUAGUAUGUUUCUGUGAAUGUCCUCACCUCUCCUUGACAUUCUUGUAGGACAACCACCUGCAGUACCUGUAACCUCCACUAGAUCUUCACUAGGCAGGUCAAAUAAAAUAAAAUAAAAUUUGUUACAUGCUUCGUAAACAACAGGUGUAGACUAACAGUGAAAUGCGUACUUCCCAACAAUGCAGAGAGAAACAAAUAAUAGAAAGACAAAGACGUGGUCCUCUGUAGCUCAGUUGGUAGAGCACGGCGCUUGUAACGCCAAGGUAGUGGGUUCGAUCCCCGGGACCACCCAUACACAAAAAAUGUAUGCACGCAUGACUGUAAGUCGCUUUGGAUAAAAGCGUCUGCUAAAUGGCAUAUUAUUAUUAUUAUAUUAUUACAAUAACACAAAGAAUAAAUACACAAUGAGUAAUGUUAACUUGGCUAUAUACAAGGGGUACCAGUACCGAGUUGGUGCAGGGGUACGAGGUAAUUGAGGUAGAUAUGUACAUAAACUGAGUAUACCAAACAUUAGGAACACCUUCCUAAUAUUGAGUUUCACCCACCCUUUUGCCCUCAGAACAGCCUCAAUUCGUCGGGGCAUGGACUCUACAAGGUUUCAAGCGUUCCACAGGGAUGCUGGCCCAUGUUGACUCCAAUGCUUCCCACAGUUGUGUCAAGUUGGCUGGAUAUCCUUUGGGUGGUGGACCAUUCUUGAUACACACGGGAAACUGUUGAGCAUGAAAAACCCAGCAGCGUUGCAGUUCUUGAAACAUAACCCGUUCAAAAGCAAAAUAUUUUGUCUUGCCCAUUCACCCUCUGAAUGGCACACAUAUACAAUCCAUGUCUCAAGGCUUAAAAAUCCUUAUUUAACCUGUCUCCUCCCCUUCAUCUACACUGAUUUGAAGUGGAUUUAACAAGUGACAUCAAUAAGGGAUCAUAGCUUUCACCUGGAUUCACCUGGUCAGUCCAUAUCUAUGUUUACUCAGUGUAUAGGUAGGGGUAAAGUGACUAGACAAUAGGAUAGAUAAAAAGCAGUAACCGCAACGUAUCAAAUACAAUUUUAUUUGUCACAUGCUUCGUAAACUACAGGUGUAGACUAGCAGUGAAAUGCUUACUAUAGAGAAAUAGUAGAAAAAUAAUAACACAAGGAAUAAAGACAAAAUAAGUAACGUUAACUUGGCUUUAUACAUGGGGUACCAGUACCAAGUUGAUGUGCAGGGGUACGAGGUAUUUGAGUUAGAUAUGUACAUAUAGCUAGGGAUAAAGUGACUAGGCAACAGGAUAUAUAAUAAACAGUAACAGCAGCGUAUGUGAUGAGUCAAAGAGUCGAUGCAGAUAUUUAACUAACUAUUUAGCAGUAUUAUGGCUUGGGGGUAGAAGUUGUUCAGGGUCCUGUUGGUUCCAGACUUGGUACAUCGUUACUGCUUGCCGUGCGGUAGAAGAGAGAACAGUCUAGGACUUGGGGGGCUGGAGUCUUUGACAAUUUUUAAGGCCUUCCUCUGACACCGCCUGGUAUAGAGGUCCUGGAUGGCAGGAAGCUUGGCCCCAGUGAUGUACUGGCCAUACGCUCUACCUUCUGUAGCGCCUUGCGGUCGGAUGCCAAGCUGUUGCCAUACCAAGUGGUGAUGCAGCCUGUCAAGAUGCUCUCAAUGGUGCAGUUGUUUAACUUUUUGAGGAUCUGAGGGCCCAUGCCAAAUCCUUUCAGCCUCCUGAGGGUUAAGAGGCAUUGUCGUGCCUUCUUCACGACUGUGUUGGUGUGUGUAAAACCAUGAUAGAUCCUUAGUGAUGUGGACACCGAGGAACUUGAAGCUCUCGACUCGCUCCACUACAGCGUGUUCGGUGGAUGGGGGCGUGCUCCUUUGUGUUGCUGACGUUGAGGGAAAGGUUGUUGUCCUGGCACCACACCGCCAUGUCACGGACCUCCUCCCUAUAGGAUGUCUCAUAGUUGUUGGUGAUCAGGCUUACCACCGUCGUGUCGUCAACAAACUUAAUGAUGGUGUUGGAGUCGUGCGUGGCCACACAGUCGUGGGUGAACAGAGAGUACAGGAGAGGACUAUGCACUCACCCCUGAGGGGCCCCUGUGUUGAGGGUCAGCGUGGCGGAUGUGUUGUUGCCUACCCUCACCACCUGGGGGCGGCCUGUCAGGAAGUCCAGUUGCAGAGGGAGCUGUUCAAUCCCAGGAUCCUGAGCUUAGUGAUGAGCUUGAAGGGCACUAUGGCAAUAGAGAUUGCGUCAUCUGUGGAUCUGUUGAGGUGGUAUGUGAAUUAGAGUGGGUCCAGGAUGUCUGGGAUGAUGGUGUUGAUGUGAGCCAUGACCCGCCUUUCAAAGCAUUUCAUGGCUACAGAUGUGAGUGCUACGGGGCGAUAGUCAUUUAGACAGGUUACCUUGGCGUUCAUGGGCACAGGGACUAUGGUGGUCUGCUUGAAACAUGUAGGUAUUACAGACUGGGUCAGGGAGAGGUUGAAAAUGUCAGUGAAGACACUUGCCAGCUGAUCAGCGCAUGCUCUGAGUACACGUCCUGGUAAUCCAUCUGGCCCUGCAGCCUUGUGAAUUUUAACCUAUUUAAAGUUCUUACUCAUAUCGGCUACGGAGAGCGAAAUCACACAGGUCUAAUUGUAUCUGGCAGGGCUGAGGACAAGCUGUAACUGGGACACUGGAAGGUGAAUAUAUUGUGACAGUGAUGUGUGAGAGGAACUGUGACAGGAGAGAGCUGACAGUCUGUGUGCACUAUAGCAACCAGUGUGCACACACUGGGAUUGAUGCACACACACACACACACACACACACACAAACACACACAUAGAUUUUUAGCAGCCAUUAUAAGGUGUGGAUAGGAAGCCCACUGGGUCGAGAGGAAGGUGGUGUUGUUAAUAGUGUGUCUCACAGGUUGGUUCACAUGACCUGAGGCAUCGCACCUGCCUGCCUGUAGGGUGUGUGUGUGCAUGUGGGAAAGUUCUUUCAGAUGGUGGUAAAGUUUUUGCUGAGGAGGCAUCCUUUUUGUGUUCAUGCAUGUGAUUUGUUUGUUUUGUAUUGGUUAGAGCAGUGGUCACAAACCAGUCGAUCGCAGUGGUCACCAAGGCAUUCCUAGUAGAUCACCAAACAUUUAGGUAAACAAAUCUACAAAAACCCUUUUUUAUUAGUUUCUCGCUGUUGGCGGUAGGUGCACUUGAUUCAGCAGCCCUAGUGCCGGGAGGCAAAGUGUUGCCAUUUUGAACCAUUUCAUGUGUCUGAAGGUAGAAAUCCGCCUACCCGGCAGGCCCAGAGAGCAAAUCAAGUGCAGCUAUAGACCUACCGCUGGCCAAUCAGAUUGCUCAGAACACCGUGUCUGAACAGUUUCCUCGAGCCAUAGACUAUAAAAAGAAGCCUCGAACGCACAGCAAAGACAAUGUCUGCACACACACACACACCUGAGACACCCACACCCCGAGCCACAUUUCCCCUGACCUCCCUCUUUCCUGUUGAGUCGGUGUGUUUGACAGUCGCCCUGGUAACCACAGCAGAGGAACAUGUGUGUUUUACCCAUCAUAGGGUCCAUGGGAGAAGGAGUUUAAACUCUGUUAGAGGAGUCCUGAGACUAACCCCCCUAGCUUCUGAUUCAGGCCUAGUCUGUGUUAGUGCCUGGUGAAAGAGGAGAGUCCCCUGACACAGCAGCACACAGAGGCCAACUGCUCUGAAGUUAAUGUAUAUUUUUAGCUGCAGCCUAGCCUAACCUCUGGUGCUCUUUGUGUCUCUGCUUUUAUGUCAGUUCCUCAGACUAAAUGGGCCUGAGAUGUAUUUCUGAAUCACAUAGUUCUUAGAUUUUCUGGGCUAGUCUGCACUCUACCCGUGUUUGUUUAAACCAUCUGGAUUUUAGGAGAAAGGGGGAUAGAGAAACUGAGAGGGGAUAUAUUGAGUGGGACUCAUCGGGAGGAGGGAGAGAGAUGCAAGAGCAUAGAGGGUGAAAAUGGAAUGAAUAAUCUGAAGAGGAGGCACUCACAUAUUGUGAGAGAGAGAGAUGCAUACUGUCAUGUAUAAAUAGCCUGUGUGACAGUGAGCUAGAGGGCUGGUGAUUGUGUGUAAAUGUGGAGCAAGGCCCCUGUGGAGAGACCCAUUAGGGGAGAGGAGAUAUUAACCAACAUGCUGCUUAUGUAUUGACUUAGAACACAACACAGCCAGGCAGAGCAGAAAGCAGAGGUAACUAGCUACUGCUGCAGGUACACUCUGACAGGUAAGAUUGGCAUUCCUGAAACAUUAUUUUGUUGAAAUGUAAUGUUAUCUUUAUUUUAUUAAGCUAAUUGAUUGCACCCAAAUUGGCAAUUUUAUUUAUAGGAUUCAGAUAAUAUUCAAUAAAUAUAGUACCCAACAUCCGAUUUGCACCCAACUUUUUCCUACCAGUGAGUAAGACAUGAGGAAUCACCCCAAAAUUUAAAAAGCCACCCACGGACCCCCCACACCCAAUGCCAAUCCCACUCCAACAACCAGUAUUCAGUAUCAGUUCUCUACGUUUGAAUCUAGGUAUGUUUAUUUUGUAAUUGAAGUCGCUUGUUUAGCAACAAAACCGAUGCGUGCGCAACUUUUGGGCAAAGCAAACGGGGUUGGCUUAGAAUCAAAAGAUUGUUGACAACAUGUAAAAUAUAUUUAUUCUCCAAAUAUUUAUUGAAAGGUUAAAUCAUUUUGCACAAUGAGCACUUGCUGUCUCUCAAAUACAUUGUUACAGUUGUUGGUUAGCUAGCUGGCUAUUUUUGCCUUAUUAGCAUAGACGUGACAUGAGUCAAAACAAGUAAUGCUAUCAAUAACUAGAUACAACGAGCUGAAACAAGCCACUUACGAUUCCCCACAUGGCAGCCUCUGGCCAUCCAGAAUCAUAAUAACACACAGCCUUCUGCCUCUGCGAUGUGCGCACAUUGUUUUCGUGACGCUGUCAGACAACCCAUCUAUAAAGUAAUGUGAAAGUAUUUGAUUUGGCUCAUGAUGAAAUCCUGACAAUUCAAGCCAGUCCUCCAUGAAAGAAAAUCAGUUUGUCCUUCUUUUAUGCUUAAUCUGUGUCCAGGAAACGACCCUUUGUGUCUGGUUUAUUCCCUUCAAAAAUGCCUGGAUUAGUUACUGUUAGACCAUUCCUGGUGAACACGCAAACCCUUAGGCUACAACAGUUCUAAUGGUUUCAAUGUUAUGGUCUUCAAUGGUAAAAGUCCCAAACACACAUAGUGUUUUGCAAUUGUAAUGGUAUUUGGUUGUGUUGGGUUUAAUGGUAAAUGUCACUAAUCAUAAUACAUCUAGAGCUGUUUACUGAUCAUUUUAUUGAAAAGCUUAAGACUGUCAUGCAAUAAAAAAUGUUUAUAAGGGUUGUCACAACAUUUUAGUCCCUAGCCCAAUUCUCCAUCAUAGUGUGGGUUUUGUAGGAAAAGUCUUUAUAUGAGAAUUGCAUAGGGAUAGCCCUCUCAGAGAGCGUACACUUGUUGGACUAUUAAAGGAGAGUUGGGUUGAAGCAUUAGGUUGCUAUUAGGACAAACUGAAUUGUAUUCAUUGUGGUCUGGCUUGAAUUGUGAGGAUGACCCCAAAAUGUAUUUUCCUAAUGAGACCCAUCUACCCAUCUGUUGCAAAGGAAAUGUUGUGAUCUAUUUAAUAUACUGAACAAAAAUAUAAAUGCAACAAUUACAACGAUUUUACUGAGUUACAGUUAAUAUAAGGAAAUCAGUCAAUUGAAAUAAAUAAAGUAGGCCCUAAUCUAUGGAUUUCACAUCACUGGGCAGGGGCGCAGCCAUGGGUGGGCCUGGGAGGGCAUAGGCCCACCAACUGGGGAGCCAGGCCCAGCCAAUCAGAAUGAGUUUUUCCCCACAAAAGGGCUUUACUACAGACAGAAAUGCUCCUCAGUUUCAUCAGCUGUCCGGGUGGCUGGUCUCAGACGAUCCCGCGGAUGAAGAAGCCAGAUGUGGAGGUCCUGGGCUGGUGUGGUUACACGUGGUCUGCACUUGUGAGGCCGGUUGGACGUACUGCCAAAUUGUCUAAAACAAUGUUGGAGGCGGCUUAUGGUAGAGAAAAUGACAUUUUCUGGCAACAGUUCUGGUGGACAUUCCUGCAGUCAGCAUGCCAAUUGCACACUACCUCAAAACUUGAGACAUCUGUGGCAUUGUGUUGUGUGACAAAACUGCACUCUUUUAUUGUCCCCAGCACAAGGUGCACCUGUGUAAUGAUCAUGCUGUUUGAUCAGCUUCUUGAUAUGCCACACCUGUUAGGUGGAUGGAUUAUCUUGGCAAAGGAGAAAUGCUCACUAACAUUGAUGUAAACACAUUUGUGCACAACAUUUUAGAGAAACAAGCUUUUUGUGCGUAUGAAACAUUUCUGGGAUCUUUUAUCUCCUGAGCCCCUCCACAGCAGGUGUUCCGUAUUGUCCACCCUAACCUAGAGCUGUCACUCAUUGACUCACCCAGGGCUGGGCAGGGCAGGGCAGGGGAGGAGAUACCCACCAGCCCCCUGGCAACACAUUCCUGACUGGACCAGGCUUUGAAGAUCAUUGAGAAAUGAGGAGAGCAAAGGAGGAAUGGAGAGAGAGAGAGGGAAAGAUAGAGGAACGGAGGGAAUCUUCUGAGGAAAGUUCAGAUGGGCAUGCCAGAAUGCGCGCGCACACACACACACACACACACACACACACACACACACACACACACACACACACACUGACAUACGGUGUAGUCCAUCUUGGCAUCACUUCAGUCACCUGAGUCUUGCACCACAGAGAAGGACUGUACUGUAGCUGGAAGACCGAAUGAGGCUCGAGGUACUGCUACGGCUGUUGUUUGCUCAUUAGUUUGAUUGUAUGGGCUUGUUUGCUUGUUUUAUUUUAGUAAGGAUGGGUAGCCAAUUGGCCUCCUUUCAAAGGUCUCUAUUAAAACUGUCAAGCCUGCAGUUGAAUAAAGCCUAUAACAAAUAUGAUUAAACAUACUCUAUUGUCACUCUCUGGUGCCCAAACACACUCAUAAUUGCAUAGGCUAUGCAUUAUCACUGGACAGUGGCUAAAUGUUUUCUCUUGUUAUACAAUUAUUGUGAUUGGAUUAUAUUGGACCAUUGUAAUGCAUAACGGAACUUCUUUGCCAAAUGUUUUGCAGUUUUACUUUAGUGCCUUAAUACAAACAGGAUGCAUCUUUUGUCAUAUUUUUAUUCUGUACAGGCUUCCUUCUUUUCACUCUGUCAUUUAGCUUAGUAUUGUGGAGUAACUACACUAUAUAUACAAAAGUAUGUGGACACCACUUCAAAUGAGUGGAUUCGGCUAUUUCAGCCACACCCAUUGCUGACAGGUGUAUAAAAUCGCACACAGCUGUGCAAUCUCCUUAGACAAACAUUGGCAGUAGAAUGGCCUUACUCAGAGCUCAUUGACUUUCAAUGCGGUAUCGUCAUAGGAUGCCACCUUUCCAACAAGUCAGUUCGUAAAAUUUCUGCCCUGCUAGAGCUGCCCCUGUCAACUGUAAGUGCUGUUAUUGUGAAGUGGAAACGUCUAGGAGCAACAACGGCUCAGCCAUGAAGUGGUAGGCUACACAAGCUCACAGAACGGGCCCGACGAGUGAUGUAGCGCGUAAAAAACUCGGUUGCAACACUAUCGCGUUCCAAACUGCCUCUGGAAGCAACAUCAGCACCAGGACUGUUCGCCAGGAGCUUCAUGAAAUGGGUUUUCCAUGGCUGAGCAUGCGCCAAGCGUUGGCUGGAAUGGUGUAAAGCUCGCUGCCAUAGGACUCUGGAGCAGUGGAAACGCGUUCACACCUCACCAUCUGGCAGUCCAACUGAUGAAUCUGGGUUUGGCGGAUGCCAGGAGAACGCUACCUGCCUGAAUGCAUAGUGCCAACUGUAAAGUUUGGUGGAGGAGGAUUAAUGGUCUGGGGCUGUUUUUCAUGGUUCGGGCUAGGCCCCUUAGUUCCAGUGAAGGGAAAUCUUAACACUACAGCAUACAAUGACAUUCUAAACGAUUCUGUGCUUCCAUCUUUGUGGCAACAGUUUGUGGAAGGCCCUUUCCUGUUUUAUCAUGACAAUGCCCCCUUGUACAAAGCAACGUCCAUAAAGAAAUUGUUUGUCGAGAUCAGUGUGGAAGAACUUGACUGGCUUGCACAGAGCCCUGACCUCAAUCCCAUCGAACACCUUUGGGAUGAAUUGGAACGCCGACUGCGAGCCAGGCCUAAUCGCCCAACAUGGAAGCAAGUUCCCUCAUCAAUGUUCCAAAUCUAGUGGAAAGCCUUCCAAGGAGACUGGAGGCUGUUAUAGCAGCAAAGGGGAGGACAGACUCCAUAUUAAUGCCCAUGACUUUGGUAUGAGAUGUUUGACAAGCAGGUGUCCACAUACUUUUGAUCAUAUGUGUGCAAUUUUGUUGAUCCAUCCUCAGUUUUCUCCUAUCACAGCCAUUAAACUCUGUAACUGUUUUAAAGUCACCAUUGGCCUCAUGGUGAAAUCCCUGAGCGGUUUCCUUCCUCUCCAACAACUGAGUUAGGAAGGACGCCUGUAUCUUUGUAGUGACUGGUUGUAUUGAUACAUCAUCCAAAGUGUAAUUAAUAACUUCACCAUGCUCAAAGGGAUAUUCAAUGUCAUUUAUUUUAUUUUUUACCCAUCUACCAAUAAGUGCCCUACUUUGCGAGGCAUUGGAAAACCUCCCUGGUCUUUGUGAUUGAAUCCGUGUUUGAAAUUCACUGCUCGACUGAGGGACCUUACAGAUAAUUGUAUGUGUGGGGUACAGAGAUGAGGUAGUCAUUCAAAAAACAUGUUAAACACUAUUAUUGCAUACAGACUGAGUCCAUGCAACUUAUUACGUGACUUUUUAAGCACAUUUUUACUCCUGAACGUAUUUAGGCUCGCCAUAACAAAGGGGUUGAAUACUUAUUGACUCAAGACAUUUCAGCUUUUAGUUUUUUAUUAAUUUAAAAUGUUAAAAACAACAACAUCAUAAUUCCACUUUGACGUCAUAUGGUAUUGUGUGUAGGCCAGUGAGACAGUCACACUAAAUCUCGAUUUAAUGAAUUGUUUAAUUCAGGCUGUAACACAACAAAAUGUGGAAAAAGUCAAGGGGUGUAAAUACUUUCUGAAAGCACUGUAUGUCCUUUUAGAAACAGCAACGCUCUCAGUAUAGUGAUUUACAUUACAUUUAAGUAAUUUAGCAGACGCUCUUAUCCAGAGCGACUUACAAAUUGGUGCAUUCAACUUAGGAUAGCCAGUGGGAUAACCACCCUUUUUAUUUUUAUGGGGGGGUAGAAGGAUUACUGUUAUACUAUUCCAGGUAUUCCUUAAAGAGGUAGGGUUUCAAGUGUCUCCGGAAGGUAUGCAGGUCUUGUACAUGUACACAUGAAAUUGUGUCAUUCCGAACUUUAUCCGCAACGUUAUAUUCCAUUUGGUUGGACUCGAGCCAUGCUUCUCCAUGUAGCCAACGCAUGCGCACACGGAAAAGUAUCGCAAGAGUCCAACCAAAUGGAGUAUAACGUUGCCGAUAAAAUGAAAUUUCUCCAUGUUUAUACCUUGAUAUAUCUGGGUCUGACAAUCAUCUCCCUGUCCCGUUGUUCAGACAGACCUCUCAGUACAUCUAAGACAGACAGGGACAGGACACUGAGAGGGGACAGAGACGGGAAGGUUGAGGUCCACAGAGAAGAGGAUUUUACCAUGGUGGUCUGGUCUGUAGUGUAACAGAGCAUAGCAGCCGUUAGCCUAACUAACUAUCAGCACCCAUGGUUGACAGUACAUCAUGAAUCCAUUUUAGUGGUCCAUUUGUUUGUUAUUAUGGGUAAAGCUUGGGGUCAGUCCCAUUCUGACAGCCCUCCCUGAGAAGGGGACACAUUCCUUGUGCAGCACAAUGGAAUGUGGUGGGGAGGCUGAGCUUAGGAAUGUAUUUCCUUUUGAGGCAACAGUAGAAGAAUAGAGAGCGGGUUUGUUGUAAGGAGCUUUUAUGACAGCUGUUUCCUGACAGAGACAGAGAGAGAGGUAUUCAGUGAGAUGGCCAUUACAGUCCUUCUGUCUGUCUGCAUUGGCUCUUAGCCCCCCGCUCCUCACCUCACCUCACUUCACCUUUCUUCUCCUCUCCUUCCUCCACCAAGGUUGCAGAGCUGUGUGUGUGUGCAUGUCUGUCAUCAUGUCCAUUUUGAGUGUGUAUGUUUAGUGUGUGUACUACCUUCAUGCUCUGUGUGUUAUCAGUGUCCGUGUGUGAGACUGCUAUAGAGAGGGUCUCUGGUCAUGGGAGACACCAGUCUUCAAAUAAACUGGACUGUGAUUACUGGCGGCCUCCUAUCAGCCAGACCACACGUGUGAGUGUGUGUGUAGAGAGUGUGUACGUGUGUGUCUAUGUAUCCAUGUGUGUUUGUAUGUUCCUAGAACAGGCCGUGCAGCCUGGACAGUGGGUUAUCUCUGCUGGAGGGCUGUGCUGUAACCUUGGCCAUGCGUUUAACAUUCUCUCCAGACUCAUAGAGAGCUGAGUGCUGCAGCAUGGCACACUGCCCAGACCCUCCCCAGCCCACAACACAGGGAUGGGGACAGGCUGGAAUGACUAUCAGUUGAGCCCUGAUUGUCUAUUUAUCCCCUUUCACAGCAGUUUGGAGCCUGGAUUACAGUGGUGCGUGUGAGCAGGUAUACCUAUAGCUGCACGGUUUACCCUGCCUCUUCACUAAGGAACUGCUUUACUGCUCUGUAUCCCUCAACCUUUUUCCUUCCAUCCCUUAACUCUCUCCAUCCCUCUCCAUAACUCUCUCCAUCCCUCUCCUUAACUCUCUCCAUCCCUCUCCAUAACUCUCUCCAUCCCUCUCCAUAACUCUCUCCAUCCCUCUCCAUAACUCUCUCCAUCCCUCUCCAUAACUCUCUCCAUCCCUCUCCAUAACUCUCUCCAUCCCUCUCCAUAACUCUCUCCAUCCCUCUCCAUAACUCUCUCCAUCCCAAAUGAGGCUCACAAACCUUGACACAGUCACCGAGAUGUUGACAUAUUAACACUGGAGUUGUUUUGUGUAGUGUAUCUGACCUCUAUAGACCUCUAUGUGCUUUAGCAGUCUGCUGUGGAGGCUGAGGCUCAAUUUGCUGCAUUGAGACUGGCUGCUUGCACAUGACUGCGCAGCAGUAUCCCAGUGUUUAGCAGAGGCCAAUGAUGCAGUGCAGUGAGUGGGACACUGGCAGCGCCUGUCUUGGGAGCUGAGCCAGGAUUGGGUCGGAGCAAAAAGAAAAACAACAUUAGAUAUGUGACCUUAAUUCAUUUAGCUGUUUUGUGUUUUGUUUAACUCCAUGUAGUUUUCCUCACCAUACACUGUGUUCUAAGUGGAUAUUAUUGUUUUUGUAGGUAUAGAACAAUGUGUGCAUGUGUAGGUGUGCGUGCUUCCGUCCGUGUGUACCAAGGACAAAUGUAGUAUCUUGAUUUGAUCACCCUUUUGUUGCUGAGAAUUUUCCUGCACCGCAGGAAAACCCACACUAACACACGGUUAAAUUAACAGUAUUGCACUAUUCAUGUAGCUUAUUUUUGGCCAGCUAAUAGCCUAACCACCGAUCAAGCAACAUUCUUGACUAAUCCUGUUGCUGCCAGAUUGUUUUGCUGUGACAAUAUAGGUCAAAUUAAGAUCUGAAUGUGUUCUGAGCACAUGUGCAUGCAUUCACUUGUGUGUGUCUACAUGUGGCUGCGUGCAUGUGUAGAAUACUAAGCUGUUUGGAUGUUUAGUCUGGCCCAUGUCAGGCUGCCGUGGGAACAGUGCUCAGUGGACACAGUUGGCAGAAGCUGUCUGUAAUCAUGGGCUUAUGUGACAUGUUCAGUCAACAGGUAUGUGUCUAUGUGUGUUGGUAGGAUAAGACGUGUAUGUGUGGCGUUCUGCUAUUCUGCAGGAAAUGGAUCUGUUCCUGAAGGGAAUCACAGAAAGACAGACAAACAAAAUAAUGCAGAAGAAAAGUCAAAUUCCCCCUCGCGUUUCUGUUGCCCGCCAUCCUCUUCUCUCUGAACGAUGCUGACAGCGCCGGCACAGAUGGCAAAUGCAUUCUGUCAGGCAGACUUUAGCCUUGUUUCUCUUCAAAGAACCCUUACCCUCUUUAUGGAAAGAGAGAAAAGUAUCUUUCUCUUUUUCCUCUUAUUCCUCCUUUUCUCUCUACCUGUAAAUUCACCACAGUCCUUUAAGUAGCGAUAUACUAUAGUAGCACUGUAUGACUGACAAUAUUGGAGUGUGUGUUAGUGAUUCAGGCUUGUUGCUGGCCCUACCUCCAGCUGGAUUGAUUAGUAUGUUUGCCAGUGUGUGUUUGUCCUCGCGUUGCCUUGUCAUUUUAUAGCAGCCUGUUACGGCCGAUUACAUUACGAGCAGCUUGUUGUAACACACUUCCAAUGAGCUGGAACUCUAUAUAAACAGGGUUGUUAUCAACAUGUUUGGAGCGGGAGGCUGUGCGUGGGCAUGUUUGCGGAUACAUGUGUGGGUGUGGAAGGGUGUGGGCUGCCAUGUCAUCUUUUCUUGACCUUCGUUUCAGUGUCACUUCCCUUUCUUGGUGAUCCACAAAAACCUUGAGAUAGGAGACGCCCUUGUUAAACACACCCUGUCUUUACUGUCUACUGACACGCACAAACACACACACACACACACAGAUGCACAUAAAGAGAGGAAAGCAAUAGUGAAAACACAUUUUGAGUCUGUUCCUUUUGAAGGGACCUGCACUAUGACACCUGAGUGUGAAAGUGCUCGUCCUUGGACCAUUGACACCCUCUAGUUCCCCCCAAGGUCUGAUGGCCCUCUGCCUCCCCCUAGGCCUCCUUAUGGUGGAGGGAGAGGGAGAGAAGAGCCAGUCUAAUGUCUUCAGCUAUUUCUCAGCACACAUCGUUUAACAUUUCAUUACUGCAGCCAAGCGAAACCUCAGUGUCAGGAUGACUUUCUUCUGAUUCAAAAUGGACUGACGUCUUUGUUCACACAGCUGCACAAAGAAACAAGCUGAGGGUCUGAAAUACACUGCCAGAAGAAUAAUUGCAAUUUUAUUUUGUUCGGUCUUAUCAUCUGAAAUCCAUCCCUAUUCCCCAACUCCUUUUAUGCUCCUCUCUCUCCUCAUUCUCUCCCUUGCCCCAUUAGUCCAUUCUCUUCAUUGUGAGCAUUAAAGCUUGUGAUGAUUUCAUUUAUUUCUCUCCCUUGAAACUUCCAUCAUCCCUUUUCUCUCCCAUUUCCUGAAGAAGAGGCUUGCAAAAAUUGCCAGCUUCAUCAGCCCUGUGUCUGUGUUAUCUGUCAGUGUGUAACGUCCAUAUGUGUCCUCCUCAGUGUGAAGAGGCCUGCAGGGAUGGGCAGCAUCCUGAACCGCCUCGGGGGGAAGAAACAGAAGAUGAGCACGUUGGAGAAGUCCAAGAUGGACUGGGACGCCUUCAAGGAUGAGGAGGGCAUCGGGGACGAGCUGGCCAUCCACAACCGGGGCAAAGAAGGGUUAGUCUCUCUAUUGGUACCAGCGAUGCCAUAUAGUGUUCUGCAACACCACUCCACCAUAGAGAGGCAGGGAAACUGAUAGAUCAGUUUAAAAGUAUUCUGCCUCUACCCACCAGCCUUAUCCUGGUGGACUGGACCCAUAUCCUGUCUACUGUCCAGUACUAAUCCUGAGCUACAGCACACGUCUGUCUUUGAUACCAGUGGCCUCUAUCUAUCUACAGUAGUCACCAGCAGGUUGGACUCUGGAUAGACAGAAAGAUCAUCUCUGAUAGACAAGUCCUUUGUGAUGAUAGGCAGGUUGUUCCUGACUGAGCUCUGCAGCAGUCCAGCCUUAUCCCCCUGCCUGACCUGUAGGUAUGAAGCAGCUGUCUGUCUGCAUGCCUGCUCAGAAUACCAGCAGCAUCCAUGUGGCGUCCAUCUCCCUUUCCUCUCCCAGCACAGGCUGGAUUUUCCCUCUACUGUCAGAGGCCCUGCAGUAGCAUUAUUCUUUCCUAAAGGUUACUGUUGAACAGAUUAAUAAUUUAACAGCCCCCCGCUCCAUAUUUCUCUCCCCCUCUCAUCUCCAUCCUCAUCUGUGUCUCUGACUGAUGAGCUGUGCAGCCUGGCUACUGGUCCCUUCUCCUCCUGCGUCACAGGAAAGCUAAUGAGCAGAGCUAACAAAACACAGUCUAGAGCAGGUUGUAUAUAUGAGGUUAGAGGGGGGCAGGGAGUCAGGUGCAGAGCAACACCUGCUCUGUACAUGGUAACAGCAGUCCAGAUCCAUGUACCCAGGAGCUCUGCAGAAAAGGUGUCGUGCCUGGGGCUGUUUUUCAUGGUUCAGGCUAGGCCCCUUAGUUCCAGUGAAGGGAAAUCUUAACGCUACAGCAUACAAUGACAUUCUAGACUAUUCUGUACUUCCAACUUUGUGGCAACCGUUUGGGGUAGGCCAUUUCCUGUUUCAGCAUGACAAUGCCCCUGUGCACAAAGUGAGGUCCAUACAGAAAUGGUUUGUCGAGAUCGGUGUGGAAGAACUUGACUGGCCUGCACAGAGCCCUGACCCCAGCUCCAUCGAACACCUUUGGGAUGAAUUGGAACGCCGACUGCGAGCCAAGCUUAAUGGCCCAACAUCAGUGCCUGACCUCACUAAUGCUCUUGUGGCUGAAUGGAAGCAAGUCCCCGCAGCAAUGUUCCAACAUCUACUGGAAAGCCUUCCCAGAAUAGUGAAGGCUGUUAUAGCAGCAAAGGGGGACUAACUCCAUAUUAAUGCCCAUGAUUUUGGAAUGAGAUGUUCGACGAGCAGGUGUCCACAUACUUUUGGUCAUGUAGUGUAUGUGUGCAUCAUACGCAUGCCUAUUUCUGUCACACACACAAACCACAUAGGAGAUGCCAGUGAAAUGAGGGUGAGAGUUGAGUUGGUCUAAAUUUACUGUGUAGCCAACUCUCUUCUAAACAUCUCUUUGCUUUUGGUCAUGAAUAAUGAAUGUAGAAAAGAUGUAGGCCAGUCUUAUGGUGUGUAGCUAACAGUGAGACCUGAGGGGAACUCUGGAGUGUUGCACUCAAAAGUAAUGUGUGUAGACAACAACUACCCAGCACGCUAUAUUCCUAUCGCAUCAACCACUGUAAACUGAAGUCACCUUGAGGCGUAUGAAACAUUUAGGCCAAGUUCAAGUGUUCACCCAUAGGAAGGUGACCUGCUUUGUGGAGAACAUAUGACAGAGAAAUUAAAGAUGCCAAAUCAUAUGUAGAUUGGGUGGAAAAAAUUGGCGCAGAAUCAGAUGACCAAAUUCUGUCAGAUAGGCCAACGGUGAAGUCAUGACAUCAUCAACAGGGUCUCCAUCUUUUGCUGAGUGGUGACUGUGAGGUGUCAGUUGAUAUACAGUGGGGUCUGAAAUUAUUGACACCCUUGAUAAAGAUGAGCAAUAAUGACUGAAUAAAAUAAAUAAUUCAAAUACAGAGCUAUAUUGUAUGCAAAAAAUUUGGGAAAUUACCCUGAGUGUACAAAAACAUUAGGAACACCUGCUAUUUCCAUGACAGACUGACCAUGUGAAUCCAGGUGAAAGCUGUGAUCCCUUAUUGAUGUCACUUGUUAAAUCUACUUCAAUCGAUGUAGAUGAAGAGGAGGAGACAGGUUAAAGAAGGAUUUUUAAGCCUUGAGACUACUGAGACAUGGAUUGUGUCCUGUAUGUGUGCCAUUCAGAGGGUGAAUGGGUGAGACAAAAUAUUUAAGUGCCUUUGAACGGGGUAUGGUAGUAGGUGCCAGGCACACCGGUUUGACUGUGUCAAGAACUUCAACGCUGCUGGGUUUUUGACUUAUCAGUUUCCCAUGUGUAUCAAGAAUGGUCCACCACUCAAAGGACAUCCAGCCAUCUUGACACAACUGUGGGAAGCAUUGGAGUCAUCAUGGUCCCGCAUCCCUGUGGAACGCUUUCGACACCUUGUAGAGUCCAUGCCCCGACGAAUUGAGGCUGUUCUGAGGGGAAAGGGGGGUGUUCCUAAUGUUUUGUACACUCAGUGUAUAUUAUUUUAUACUAAUACAAUUACUCAGAGAAAGAGAUUUAUUUUAACAAGUAAUACUUUUUUUCUCUCAAAAAGGUAGGGGUCAAAAUUAUUUAAAAAAAAUAUUUUUAUAAGUAAAGUAGUCCAAAAUUUAGUAUUUGGUCCCAUAUUCUUAGCACGCAAAGAUUACAUCAACUUGUUGGAUGCAUUUGCAGUUCGUUGUGGUUGUGUUUCAGAUUAUUUUGUGCCCAAUAAAAUUGAAUGGUAAAUAAUGUAUUGUGUCACUUGUAUUAUAAAUAAGAAUAUAAUAUGUUUCUAAACACUUCUACAUUAAUUUAAUGUGGAUGCUACCAUGAUUACAGAUAUUGAUGAAUGAAUUGUUAAUAAUGAUGAGUGAGAAAGUUACAGAGGGUCAAAGAUCAUACCUCCAAGACAUGCUAACCUCUCACCAUUACCAAUAGCAGGGGAGGUUAGCAUGUCUUGGGGGUAUCAUAAUUACACAGUCAUUAUAAUUACCCAGCCUGCAACUGUCUCCAUGGCUACCCAGCGCUCCUCAGUGUGAGGUGGGAGCUAGCUCUCUCAUUUCUCCAAUCCCAGUGUGUUGGGAUGUUUUCGUCUCCACUAGAGCCAGGCACUUGGGGGGUUCAUACUCCCCUGUGGAUGCUAAUCUAGCAUGACAUCAUUGCCCGUUGCUAAGAGCAGCCCUAGUAACAUUGGGAUGAUUAACUCCGUCACUGCCUGCUGAGAGUAGAGGAGGCUCUCAACCAUGCAGGCAGAGAUGUCACACUACCCACCACUAUGUCUGUGCUACAGUAUAGGAGAUGAGAGAGGAGACCGUCUCACUCUAUAUUCAGCCUCUCUAGACAGUGGUGAGAUGAAGUAAAUACAUUCAAUUAAAGACCAUAGUUUAGAGGGUUCAGAAAUACAACCUGUCCGACAGGCUAAAUUGCUGCUUUCUCCGAAUACCUCAAUUUCUCCCGUGUUUUUCCAUUUCUUUGGGAGGGAUGUGGUUCUGUGGAGGGAGUCAGUCUAUAGGGUUCGGAGGCCAGGGGACUGGGCAAGAGGCUGCAGUAGGCUGAAGGAAGGCGGUCCACUGGGCCACACUGGGAGGCCGCAGAGCUGUUCUUGGAGCUCCAGACAGCCCCAUAGUAGGGCUACGCCCUGGGCCGGCUCUCCCACGUGGGUCACACACAGACUGGGGGGCCAGUGAUGAGAUCUCCCUCUCUCUGAUCCAGGGCCAGAGAACAACCAGUGGUGGGCGUGAGCCGUGAGGGAGCUGGCUUCUUCCUUCCUCUGGGAAUGGGUUUGGGUUUGGAGGAUAACUGUGGGUGCAGUGGUGUCUUUAAUUCAAGCUGUCCCUUGUGUGUAGAGAUAUGGAUCCUAGUGUGCGAGGCAGAGGCAAUGCUUAGAGAGCGAAGGCAAAGGAAAAAAAGAUGGGAAGAGCUACUUUUCUAGCUCCUGGUGGGUGUGAAUGGUUAAACAGCCAUUGGGGACACUUACAUCCCCUCUGUCUUAUAACCUAGGGAUUCAUUACACUCAUCUUCAUCACACAAAUGCAGAUUUAGUUAUCAAUACCUCAGCUAUUCAAGUGUAAGCUACAACAUAAGCCAGAGAGUUGUUAAUCAACUAAUUCACUUGUGUGUGCGCACUUAGCGCUAACAUGCUAUCAGGUGUUCACUAUAACAAUGAGCCAGGACCUUGUGUAACAUGCGUGUCCCAGAACGGCUGUUGUUCUAUUGGAGCAGUGUGUGUGUGUUUGCACGCGUGCUUCGUAAUAUCUCUUGCUGGAUGUUUUUGUGUGUGUUAGUAAUUCUGUUUUCUGUGUUUGUUGGUUUUUAGGUAUGUGGAGAGAAAGAAUUUCCUGCAGAGAGUUGACCACCGGCAGUUUGAGCAGGAAAAGAAAGUACGUCUCGGCAACAUCAUGAAGCGAUGA